UUCAAGUGCGUCACGGCUCAUGACACCGUUUAACCUCCUUGGAUCACAUCUCGCGCCGAUCUGACACGUCUGACGGGGGCGGGGGCGUCACAUCACAGCUCCAGGUGACAGCGUGCUCUGGCUGAACGGUGCAGCGGUCAGCGCGCUCCUGCAGAAUCCCCAUAGGCCACUUUCUCCGACGCGUCACAAGGUCACCAGAUCAUCUUCCCUGUGGCAGCGGCGGCGACGCGCCGGUCCGGUCUGACCCGGUCUCUGUAUCUCUGCUCUGAGCGGCGGUUCUUUCUCGGACGUGACGUCACCGGAGCGGGGUAUAAAACCGUCAUCCGCCGCCGAGAUGGGCACAUUCUGCUGUCUGCCAUCCGCUCUGUGGUGGCACCUGAAAUCCUCUAGAAUGUGGCGGAUUCUGGUUUCCUCCUUGCUGGUGGCCCAGGCGGCCGGUCAGGGCUCUGGAUUCUCCAGCGCGCUGACCCUGGCCGACGGCUACCUGCCGCCCGGCGGCCCGGACAACCCCACCCCCAACGUGGUGCGCUGCGAGCAGCCCAAGACAUUCUACAAGACGGAGACGCAGCGCAUCGUCAACACCGUGGUCAAGACGGUGCUGGUGACGGUGCCGCAGGUGAUCCAGAAGACGGCGGUCGUCACCAAGGUGGUACCCUCCACCAUUCUGGUCACCAGCAUACAGCAGGUCAAGUCGCCGGUGGUGCGCACACAGAUUGAGUCCAGCAUCGUCAACCGCGUCUCCACAAUUACCGUGAAAGGCCCGGGCCGGACCAGCGUUCUGCCCGUGACCCAGUCGAAGGAGCAGAUCAGCUACAAGACAGAGCAGCGCGUUGUCCAGCGCACCGUAACGGUCACCACACCGCAGGUGCGGUACUCGACUGUGGUGCAGCGCAUCACGAAGACCAUCACGGAGCGCGUGCCCCAGGUGGUCUACGUCACCAAGGUCGUGCAGGUGCCAGGCCGCAACGUGGUGGUCACCAAGACCGAGAAGAGGCGGAUCACCAGCGUUCAGCCCUACCAGCCGCCGGCGCGGACUAGCAUCAAGAACGAGAUCGCCUACGUUACCUCUGUGGUGGUGCGUCAGAUUCCUGGACCGGUCAUCAACAAGGUCAACAACAUAGUGCGCACGGAGAUCGUCGAGCAGACCAGCGUGAAGCGGGUGCCCCAGAUUAGCACCCAGAUCGUCCCGCAGAACAAGCAGGUGCUCCGGACGGUGACGGAGACGAAGACGGUGAGCCGAGUGCAGGUGCGUACCAUCGUCAGAACCGAACAGGUACCCGUGCUGCUGACGAAAACCGUGAAGAGCUACACCACUGUGCCGCUGGUGCUGACCUCGACCUCCACCGUGCUGCGGACGGUGCCCGGACCGGACGUGGUUCGCAGCGUCAUCCGCACUGAUCUGCAGGUGGCCACCGUGCGCGGCCAGGACCGCGUCAUCACCGACCUACGCACCAUCAGCAGCGUCCUUACCAACAUCGUCAGGACGACAGUCAUCAGGCCGAGAAUCGUCACAAAGGAGGUGGUCAAAACCGAGAAGUGCGACGAUGGAUACCACUAUGACGCCCCCAAGAAUCCAUUCAACUUCUAAGAAGCUCCAUGGAGACCAGAGUUCAUCCUACGAUCAGCUGGGAUAGUACUGAUGUACCAAUUGCGAUUACACUGAGGGUGUGCCUGCCCCGACCACAUGACAGCUGGCACAUCACACGUUUGUAACUGAAAUAAUAAAUAAAUUGACACCACA